AUGAGGGGGAUUGGGGAGCUACAAGCUCUUGUCAGAUGGUGCUUCAAAUUUGAGCUGGUUUCAAGGGUGAAAUCUGUGGAGGUGAACAGAAAGCAGAGCAGGGUGGUUGUGAGUGGAUACGUGGAUCCAAACAAGGUGUUGAAGAGGGUAAGGAGCACAGGGAAGGUGAGAGCUAAGUUUUGGCCAUAUGUGGAGCAGCAUCUUGUGUACUAUCCAUAUGCCACAGGAGCAUAUGACAGAAGAGCACCUUCUGGAUAUGUCAGAAACGUUGUGCAGGCCUUUCCAGAUCCUCCCCAAGACAACUUUCUCUCCUUCUUCAGUGAUGACAACGUCCAUGCAUGUUCCAUCAUGUAAUCCAUCACCAUCUCCCUCAAAUCAAAUAAAACAAUAACCUUUCUUCUUCAUUUCUCUCUUUUAUUUUCUUCUCUUCUCUUCUUUUCCCAUGGCUGCAUGCUUUUCUGAGA